AUGUCAGACUCUAAACCCGUCGCUCCCCCCGCCGCAAACGGAGGCACCGUCGGAGCAACAACAGCCACAACCAACGGUGGCACCACGAAACCACAUCUUUACAACCCCACUUCUCGCCAAGCGUACCGUCAACCCUACAACCGCCGUCACCACCACCAUCCCCAGAGAAACUACUGGUUCUGCUGCUGUUUCUGGACAAUCCUCGUCAUUCUCAUCCUCGCGCUUUUAUCCGCCAUAGCCGGAAGCAUCGUCUACGUGCUUUACCGUCCCCACCCCACCGCCCUUCUUUCACCGUCGCUUACCUCCGUAUCCACCGCCGACUCCUCUUCCCAUAUCUCCACCCUCUUGAACUUAACCCUUUCCUCCAAAAACCCAAACUCCCACCUCUCGUUCUCGUACGACCCUUUCGACAUCUCAUGCGAAACGAGCAACGGCGGCGUCUUUAUAGCCAAUGGAACAUUGCCCGCUUCCGUCAGCAACAGCAAGAACGAGACAAGCUUCAAGGGAGUUGUGAUGACAAGGGCGAGCGAUCCAGAUUCCAACGCCGUGAACAAGCUGAGAUCCGAUCUGAAGCGGAAGAGUGAGGUGUCGUUGAAAAUUGAGAUGGAUACUAAGGUUAGAGUGAAAAUGGAUGGAGUGAAGAGCAAGAAAGUAGGGAUUAGGGUUACGUGCGAUGAUAUUAAAGGGGUUGUGCCUAAAGGUAAGUCGCCGGCGGUGGCCGACGUGUCGACUUCUAAGUGUAAGGUUGAUCUACAGAUCAAGAUCUGGAAAUGGACUUUUUGA